UUCCCUUCAGUGACAGGAUAUCAUACUCCAGCUUUUCUCUCAGCCCUCAGAUGGUGACGGGGAUGUCAAUUGAGCGACGAGAAACGACCCCGUUUUAAGUCGCUCAGUUGGCGAUGGUGAUCAGAUCACAUGCAUGCGAAUUCCUCCAAUUCGCUCUGGAAUGCGACGGCGUCUUCUUCCGAAUAGCGAUGGUAUCGCUGAAAGCUCAGUGCUCGUCCUGGGCAUGUGAAGGGUUGCUUCUGGCUUUACCGCGCAGCAAGCACCGAAAGGCAUGUUCAACAGAAAUUAUCGUCGAUAACUCAUCAAGUUUGAGCUUAUGAUCGAUGUUCGGUUGCAAUGCCGGCCGCAAACACGGUCCCAAAGUUCUGUGCUGUGCAAGGCGUCGAACUCAUCAUUGAUGCCCUCUCUGGUGAGCUCGGUCGGCUGUAAAUGCACUGCUGGUUUGAUGUACGUAGCUUGCGAUGGCCAAGGAAGCAUCACGGUGCUAUAAUUCAUGGCUGGUAUUUUCGGUGUAUGCUUGCCGGCGCGCUGCUCUCUUGGACUCCAGAUAUACGAUCAACGCAUCAAAAUUGCGUUUCAAACUAACUCGGAAUCAAGCUUUACAAUGGUAUUCACUUCUACCACCAAUUUCCGAACAACACACCCACGCCAAUGGGAUUGGACAGCAAUGGCCGCCAGCGAUGCAACCGUCUUACUUCCAGAAAUCGUUGCCACGAGAAACUCCCGCAAUCCUGUGGGUUCUGGGAGCGUUGCUCUGAUCGUCUCGCCAAAAUAUCUCAUGAUCCGCAGGCGGUGAUGAUGCACUUUCGCCCACAAGUUCCGCUGGCAUGGUCUGUACGAGCGUCAACCAUCUUACCCUCGAUGCGAAGUAGGGUCGACAACAAGCAGCAUCAGGAUACGUAGCACCCCGCAGUUGCGGAUAAGAGUGAGGGGGCGGCGGGGACGUCGGCAAUCUGCGAGGCUCUGAAGAAGCCCGCUGCAAGCGCAGACAGACUCCUCACCACGGAUCCCCCCUUCAGCCAAGCACCCAGGGACAAAGAAUGACCGUUCGGCCCCCUCACUAUGGUCCUCUGUCGCAAGUCAGUGAAGAGCGCACCAUUCAUGACUUGGCUUUUCGCGCGGUGUUUUCAAAAUUGUCCUCAAGCUGAUCGUACUACGAUUAUUGAUGCAUGCUUUCGCACUGCAUCGUGCUGUAAACGGUCCCGCCCUUUCCACGGCCGGGAACAUGUAAGAUUAUCACCACCAUCUGGACGCACCAGGCUGUCGCGCAUCACGAUUGGUGUUAGAUUGGUGACUCAAGGCGGGGCCGCUCCGUCGAAGGAGUCAUGCACGGGCACCCGCCUGACCCAGAAUGGCUCGAGCC